AUGCUUCCGUACCUUGGCUCCCACUACGGCAACCCCUCGUCGCUGCACCGGUACGGUCGGCGGUCAGAGAGGGCGCUGCGGCAGGGACGGCUCCAGAUAGCGGGGAUUGUCAACGCAUCCCCCGCCGAGAUCCUCAUCACGUCCGGGGCGACCGAGUCCAACAAUACAGCGAUAAGCGGAGCUGCCGCGCUGCAUCCAGGGGGCCACAUAAUCACAUCUGCCAUCGAGCAUGACGCGGUACUUGAGCCGUGUGCGCGCCUCGAGUCUGCAGGGUUCUCCGUGUCGUACGUUCCCGUAGGAGGUGACGGGAUUAUAGACCCCGACGAUGUGCAGCGGGCAGUUACCGACAGGACGUUUCUGGCAUCUGUCAUGCUUGCAAACAACGAGGUGGGAACCGUUCAGCCCAUAUCCGAGAUAUCCCGCAUCUGCAGGGAGCACGGCAUCCUGCUGCACACCGACGCGGUGCAGGCGGUGGGAAAAAUUUCAGUCGACGUCAACAGACUGGGCGUCGACAUGCUCUCCAUGUCCUCCCACAAGAUCAACGGUCCCAAGGGAGUCGGAGCCCUGUACAUAAGGAGUGGGGUUCGCAUCAUGCCGAUGAUCCUUGGAGGCGGCCAGGAGGGCGGAAUGCGCUCAGGCACGGAGAACGUGGCUGGCGUGGUGGGGUUUGGAAAGGCGUGCCAGAUGGCGCGCGACGACGCCCGCCGCCUGCACAUGAUGCAGCUUCGCGACCUUCUUGUGGAGAUGGUGCUAAAGGAGAUACCCUACACGACAUACAACGGGAACCGGAACCAAAGGAUACCGGACAAUGCCCACUUUACGUUUCUUGGCGUAAGCGGGGAGGAUCUGAUCAUAAAGCUGGACGAGGAGGGGAUCGCAGCAUCCACCGGCUCUGCCUGCUCGAUCAGAACGCAGAAGGAGUCGCAUGUGCUCCGGGCCAUGGGACUUGAUCACGAACACAUAACAGGCUCGCUGAGGCUUACGGUGGGGGUGCACAAUACCCGCCAGGAGAUGGUGCAGGCGGCAGGGGCGCUCAAAAAAGUCGUGGCUCAGCUGCGCGCCGUAUCCCCAUUCAAGGAAAAGUACAGGUUUGGUUAA